AUGUCUCUCUUGACCGGCUUAUCCAGCAUACCCGUACCGUCGAAGCAAGAACCUCUGAUGAAUCAAUAUAGGAAGAACAAGGAUGUCUUCACGCAUAAUGACUAUACCGUCGGAUGGGUCUGUGCCUUGUCUAAGGAGCUAACGGCCGCUACAGCCAUGCUGGAUCAUCAUCACCCAGCACUAUCGAAGCCCCGAAACGAUAUCAACUCGUAUACUCUUGGUUCCAUCGGGCCUCACAACGUUGCCAUUACUUGCUUACCAAAGGGUAUGAUCGGGAAUGUCCCAGCAGCAACAGUUGCUAGUCAUCUAGUCACUACCUUUCCCUCUAUUAGAGUCGGUCUCAUGGUAGGUAUUGGCGGUGGUGUGCCAUCCAAUAAGGUCCGGCUGGGAGAUGUUGUUAUCGGUACAUCCUCUGGUGACUAUCCAGGAGUAGUAAAGUGGGAUGCUGGCAAGAUACAUGGCCAAGGAAAGUUUGAACGAACUGGAUCACUCAACAAUCCACCUCAGUCACUGUUGACUGCUCUUACACAGCUGGAGACGCAACACAACUUGGUCGGUACGAAGAUACCCGAGUAUCUCGAAGAACUGAAACAGAGAUGGCCAAAGCUUGCAGCUGUAUCUCUACAGAACGAUUCUUUCAAAGACGUGUUGUUUAAGUGGUCUUACAAUCAUAUUUCAGGCACGAUUUGCAAUAGGGAUGAUGAGGAUGUAGGUGAAAGCGAAGAUGAAGAGCAUGACCCUUGUCGAUUCUGUGAUAGAUCGAUGGUUGUGAAAAGAAAAGACAGAGAGAUGCGCAUACACUACGGUCUAAUCGCAUCAGGUGACAAGUUGAUCAAAGACGCUGCAUCGCGGAACAAACUCAACAAAGACCUCGGGGGACAGGUCCUCUGUAUCGAGAUGGAGGCUGCGGGUUUAGUGAAUCACUUUCCUUGUCUUGUCGUCCGUGGUAUAUGUGACUAUGCCGACUCACACAAGAAUAAGGACUGGCAGGAGCACGCAGCUAUUGUAGCCGCGGCUUUUGCGAAGGAGCUUUUACAGUAUUUGCAACCAACUGAUGUGGAGGGCGAACUUCCACUAAAGGACUUGCUGAACGAUGUCCACUCUCUCGUCUCCGAAACACGCAAGGAUGUCGCCGAAAUUAGAACCAGUCAGAGUAGAAAGGACGAUAUCAAGAUUCUGGACUGGCUCACAACAAUCGACUAUGGCUUACAACAGAGCGAGUUUCAAAAGGUUCAACAGCCAGGAACUGGUAGGUGGCUUCUCGAUACGUCAGAGUACCGAACUUGGUUGCAGACACCUGGGCAAACUCUCUUUUGUCAAGGAAUCCCAGGCGUUGGGAAGACUAUCUUGACGUCAGGUCUAAUAGAUCACCUAAGCUCCAAACUUGCUGGGGACUCUACAAGCGGUAUAUCGUACAUCUUCUGCAACUUCCAGAGACAGGAUCAGCAAACCAGCGAUGGUCUCCUUUCUUGUAUCCUAAAACAGUUCUCCGCAGGCUUGCCGUCGCUGCCGGAGUCCUUACGAUCACUCUACACAAGUCAUGCUAUCCAACGGACACGACCGUCUUCCAGAGAGAUCAUUUCCACUCUUGGGACUGUGAUCUCUGAGCAUUCGAGAGUAUUUAUCAUAGUCGACGCACUUGACGAGUACGGGAGUGCUCCUGGCGUAAGAGAAUCCUUCCUAGUGCAGCUUGCUCGACUGCAGCAAGAAUUUGAAGUCAAUAUAUUUGCCACUUCACGAUAUGACACCGCAAUCUCUUCGGAGAUCAAAUCCAGUUUCCUCGACAGCAUGAAUCUAGAGAUUAACGCAAUGAGAGAUGAUAUUGGUACAUAUAUCGAAGGAAACUUCAACAUAUUGCCUCCUGAUAUCCGGCAAAAUAAGGACCUUCGUCAGGAUAUUGUAGAGUCACUUCAGGUAUCUGUGGACGGAAUGUUUCUUUUGGCACGGAUAUAUCUGAACUUGCUCAGCUUCAAAGUCUCUGAAACAGAGAUACGAAACCAGUUAGCCAUGUUCAAGCGAGGCAGUAGGAAGGGUAACGCUAAAGCCUUGUCCGAUGCCUACGAUCAAACCAUGACCAGGAUCAAAUCUCAGGAGUCAGAUCACGCGAUGCUAGCUAAAGGAGUUCUCCUUUGGCUUACAUACGCGAGAAGUGAGUUGACUGUUGAGGAUCUGCGAUACGCCCUUGCGACAAGAUCCAAAUACCGCAUGGUGUGCACACAAGACUUGCCCUUCGCGUCGACUAUGAUCUCUGUCUGUGCCGGACUUGUAGCCUUGGACGAGUCGAGCAGGAUAAUUCGCCUUGUUCAUUUUACCACGCAAGAAUAUCUUAUCCAGAACCCCGAUGAGCUAUUCCCAUUGACGGAACAAGACAUUGCAAGGACAUGCAUGGCACAUCUAUGGGUUAGCGAGAACGAACGGUACCGCUUUCUCGACUUUGACCUCGCUACCAGAUCCUCUUAUCCAUUGUGGUGGUACAGCGCUCUCAAUUGGGGACAUCACGGGCACAAAUCCUCCAUUUCGAACAAUGAGCUUAUUGAAUUCAUGAACGAUGAAGCGACGGUCAGUCUUGCCAUGAGAAACGCCCUGCAGAGAUUCACAGUUGGUUACUUCUUCAUGAGGCACCUUCAUAUAGCGGCAUAUUUCGGCCUGGCCGCGCUAGUUGAGAAUCUCCUUGACAGGGGCGCAGCGGUAGACAUAGUGGACCGGACUGGGAGAACUCCUCUAUCAUAUGCGGCUGAGCAGGGCCAUGAAGCCAUUAUGAUCAUGUUACUUGAAAGGGGGGCAGAAGUUGAUUCUCAAGAUGGAGAAGUUGUUCGCAAGUGGCACUAUCGGAAUGAGAACGCAGGACGUACUCCGUUGUCAUUUGCGACAGAGGAAGGGCACGAAGCUGCAGUUCAUAUUUUGAUUAAGAGCGGGGCUUCUCCUUCAUUAAAGUCCAAAUCCGGAUUCACACCGCUUUCCUACGCGGUACAGAACAGACGAGAGGGUUUGAUUCGGUUGUUUCUCAACACGGAGACCGUCGACAUCAACGUUGAAUUAGGUCGCGCGGUUGGCAAUGGACAUAAAAGCAUUGUCCAAUUGUUGCUUGAGAAUGGCGCCGAGGUUGACUAUUUAUCAACCUCAGGUUUGACAGCACUGUUUCGUGCAGCAUGGGCUAAUAGCAUGGAUAUCGUCCAGCUGCUACUGGAGUAUGGGGCGAACCCAGAUCCUCUCCUUGGAAUGUCUACACCACUGUUAUCUGCUGCGGUGAGAGGAUACGAUGCUAUUGCGAGACUACUACUUGAGACUGGAAGGGUUGAAAUCGACCGACCAGACAAAUUCGGACGAACGGCCCUGUCCCAUAUGGCACAACAUGGAUAUACAACUACAGUGAGGACGCUGCUUGAUAUGGGGGCCAAUCCUAACACUGAAGCAAAGGCUACAUUCAUUGGAGCACAGUUCUACAAUGGAAGAACACCGCUUUCUUUUGCAGCAGAAAGGGGGCAUUUGGCAAUCGUUGAGCUUCUCAUUACAAAGGGGGCAACUGUUGGUCUAACAUCUACUGGCCAAGUCGAGAGUACCAGAUUGACACCAAUUUCAUAUGCAGCGAGGAACGGGCACGGACUUGUCAUUCAAACCUUGUUGGAAAUUGGUCAAGCUGACCCGGACUCCCCUGAUUCCAAAGGCAGAACACCUCUCUCUUAUGCUGCAGAAACUAAUAUGACAUAUGUUGUCAGACUUUUGAUGGAAAAGUACAAGGCUGACCCCGUUCAUAUGGAUAAAGAUGGGAACACCCCUCUUUCAGAUGCUGCCAAGAAGGGUCAUGUUGAUGUGAUCCGUGAGCUGCUGGAAACGGGCAAGGCUGGGCCGGACUCAGUUGAUGGCUGGGGCCUUACACCGCUUUGCCAAGCUGCACUAUGGGGGAACGGACCUGCUGUGCGUUUGCUAAUAGAAAAGGGGGCGAAUGCUGGAUACGUUAUUCCUGCAGGAGACUGGAAAGGAAAAUCAGCUUUAGCAAUUGCUACGAGAUAUGGGCAUCAGGCAAUAGUGGACAUUCUAGACAAGAGGCUAUAA